AUUCCCGGGGGUUACAAUGCUCUUCGGAGGAUGUACACAGACAUUCAAGAGCCCAUGUUUAGUGCUGCACGUGAACAGUUUGGAAAUAACCCUUUCUCGGCAUUGGGUGGAAAUACUGAUAACUCCGGAGUACAGCCAUCCAGGACUGAAAACCGAGAGCCCCUGCCAAAUCCCUGGGGUCCCCCUGACACCGCCGCCACCACAACCACCACCACCACCUCUGGGACGGCUAGCACCACCAGCUCCACCACAAGCUCAACCACACCCAGUGUGUCCAACCCUCUGGGCAUCAGCUCCUCUAGCCUUGGAAACGGUAUGUUCAACAGUCCUGGCAUGCAGAGCCUAAUGCAACAGAUCUCUGAGAACCCUCAGCUAAUGCAGAAUAUGCUUUCUGCUCCUUAUAUGCGCACCAUGAUGCAGUCACUGUCCCAGAAUCCUGAUAUUGCCUCACAGGUAUUUAUGAACAACCCUCUGUUUGCCGGAAAUCCACAGCUGCAGGAGCAAAUGAGACAGCAGUUACCUGUAUUUCUACAGCAGAUGCAGAACCCAGAAUCCCUUUCUGUCAUGACAAAUCCUCGAGCCAUGCGAGCCCUAAUGCAGAUCCAGGAGGGACUGCAAACCCUUCAAACCGAAGCCCCUGGUCUCAUGCCCGGGUGCAGUUCCAUUUUUCAACCACUAUAGAAACAUGCAGAGCAA